AUGAGUGAUUGUAAGCCAACACCCACACCUUUCUUGUCCGGAGUAAAGCUUGAGGAUGGCCAAGAUACACCAUUGGUUGAUUGCACACUCUAUCGUCAGCUUGUGGGGAGUCUUCUUUAUCUCACUCACUCUCGUCCAGAUCUAUCAUAUGCAGUGGGUGUUGUUUCCAGAUACAUGCAGGAGCCUCAUGAACUGCAUUGGAAAGUUGCCAAAUGUAUACUUCACUAUGUUCAAGGAACCAUUAGCUAUGGGAUUCAUUAUUCAGUUGGAUGUACUUUGGAUCUCAUUGGCUAUACUGAUUUUGAUUGGGCUGGUGAUAACAUUGAUCGCAAGUCCACUUCAAGAUAUGUUCUCUGUUUGGGCUCUGGUCCCAUUUGUUGGUCAAAUAAAAAGCAAGCUUCCAUUGCUCUAUCAUCCACAGAGGCUGAAUAUCGAGGUGCAGUCAAUGCUACCAUUCAAGUUCUUUGGCUGCAAAAUUUUCUCACUGAGCUGGGUAUGUGUUUUCAUCAACCAACCAUCAUUUGGUGUGACAACCAAAGUACAUUGAAGGUUUGUAGAGAUCCAGUACUACAACAACGGACAAAGCACAUCGAGAUCCACAUGCACUUCAUCCGAGAUCUGAUCAAUGAUAACAUCAUUGAUUUACAAUAUUGUCCCACGUCUCAACAGAUUGCUGACAUAUUCACGAAGACAUUCACUGAGCAGAAGUUUCACUUUCUCCGAGAUCUUCUUGGGGUGAAAGAAACUGUACCAUAG